UUAUCUCCCUGCAGUCUUUGGUGGACGAUGGUGGUUGUGUGAUUCAAUCUUUUGCAAAGGUUUUGCGUAGAGUUUUUGCAAAAACUGAAUAACCACAAAGGUAUACAGUUCAUUAAGUCGAACUAAAUUAACAAUUAAGUUUAGUAUUUGAAAAGUAGUGGUUGAGUAAGUUUUGUUGGGCAGAACUUGCAAAUUGAAUUCAGGCUUUCAUAAAAGUUUCCAUAAUACUUAAUCUCAAAUCCUCGAUCUUUCCUCUCUCUCUCUCGUGCAUUUUGUCCGAGAAUACUCUUAUUUUCUUCGUUGGAGGCUUCUACAAGGGUGGAAAGUGGGGGUAGGCAGGCAGCACAGGGCAUCUUAACUCAGUGAAGCAAAAGGAUGGGCAAGUUUCCAGAAUCAAUUUUGUGGAUUAUUCUAGUCAUUACAACAUUGCUCGACGUAGCUUCCUUAGUCCACUCCCACCAGAUUCAGUACCCGAGCGUGAAACGGGACGAGAGCGUCGUGGAUGAUUAUCACGGAACAAAAGUAAGAGACCCGUACCGAUGGUUGGAAGAACGGGAUUCGGAACAAGUCUCAGAAUUCGUGGGGGCACAGAACGAAUUAACUUCCACGUACUUGAGCGACUGCAAGCAACGGAGAAAGUUCAACGAAAGUCUCACCGAGUUGUGGGCCUACCCCAAGUACGGCCUACCCGAGAAGAGAGGAAGUCGCUACUUUUAUUUUGCCCAGCAGCGAGGAGGCGAGGUUUUACAUGUUCAGGAGAACAAGGAAUCAGCUCCACGCGUUCUAAUAAACAGAGAGCAAAACAGAGUCUUGGCAUUCCCCAGUUUCGGAGUUUCGAGAAAUGGUGAACUUGUAGUGUACCAGGAAAUCGGUGACUCUGAAAACUUGAGAAUCCUCAAUGUGUCCACGGGGAAUGUCUAUCCAGAAGUGUUACACGAUGUUAGAAACGCUCAAGUUGCUUGGGACAAAGACAGCCGUGGCUUCUUCUACUUUUCUCACAGGAAAAAUGAAAAACUGUCGGCUGAAGAAGAUGAAAACCCAUCACCAAAUAUUUACUACCACAGAGUAGGAACUAAAGCAGAUAGCGAUGUGCUAGCUGUCGCCUAUGCAGACUUUGAAAAUGAGCCCAACUUUGUGGACAUGGAAACCUCAGUUGACGGGGACUUUCUCUUUUUGAGAACUCGAUCUUAUGAUGAAACACGUCGAGCUCUCAAAACCAACUCAACUUUCUACAUUGUCAACCUUGCAAAGUUCCAAGAAACAGAAGCAGUAGGCGUCACUGAACGACUGCAAUUAGUUCCGGUCAUUACUAAGCGAAGCACUGCUUUUCUGAAAUACGUCACAAACGUUGGCACACUCUUCUACUUUAGGAGUCGGAUCGGGAACAAAAAUUAUAAGCUUAUUAAAAUUGAUCUGACCAACCCAUCGGAAGAAAAUUGGAGAGUGGUUGUGGAUGAAAAUAUAAAUUACGUUUUGCAAGGAGCAACCGCAGUUGAUAAGUCGAAGGUGGUUUUGAGCUACACCUCUGACAAGCUUAGCUCUUAUGCCGAGUUGCGAGAUUUGGAGAAUGGGUCAUUGAUCAGAAUGUUUGAGUUAGAUCAUAGCCCGUAUAAACUUCUAUCGUUUUCCGGCCACAUAGACGAUUCUGAAGUGCUUUUCCGCUCGACUAAGCUGGAAGGACUGCCUGAACUAUUUUAUUUUGAUGUUCGAGAUCCCAAAGGACCAAUUUUUUUGAAGCGACUUGUACAACAACCAACACUGAGUCGAUAUGAUCCAUCCACCUUUGUAUCACAAACGGUGACAUAUCCCAACGUCGAGGGUGAAAGCGUGGAAAUGAUUCUAAUGCAUAGAAAGGACCUGAAACGGGAUGGGUCUGCCUUCACAUUCAUUACAGAAAGAGACUUCACCUUGGACUUUUACUUUGGGACUUACUUGUCCUUAUUAAAAGACUUCAAUGCAGUUGUCGCCUUCCCUCAUUUGAAGGAGAAAGGAAGUGGAUUCAGAGAUUCUUCCUUGGAUGAUUUCAUUGGAGCUGCAAAGUAUCUCGUGGAACAUGGGUAUUCCAACGGCUCAAGAAUUAUUGCGCGAGGAGACCAGAAUACUUUUGGCCUUUUUGUGGCUUCUGCUGUCAAUAAGCAUCCCGAGCUAUUUGGAGCUGCUCUCCCAUCCUUGGCAGCUUUCGACAUGCUGAGAUUUGAUGUGGCCACCAAUUCCACAGCAGGAUUGACUGAAGAUGUGGAAGAGUUUAAGAGAUCUUAUGGGAUUUCACCCUUGCAUAACAUUCAUCUUUCUGCUAGUCAGUAUCCUGGAAUUUUUGUCACGACUUCUAAUGAAUACCCCAUUCCACUAGCUUACAAGUAUGUGGCCCAACUGCAAUAUACCCUUGGCCACGAGGUUCGACAGACGAAUCCUUUCUUAAUGAGAGUUGUGCCAGAACCUGCAGAGCCAACUGAUCCUGGCUUCGCGAAAUAUCAUAUUAACAGAGAAAUUGAAAUUCGUUGCUUCCUUGAAAAAACCGUUGGACUUGAGUUUAUUUAGACAUGAAUUUCAAAAUGUUGUAUUUAUUUAUGUAUCUCUCCAUGUACUACUUUUAUCGAAAAAUAAAGUAUACAUUUCUAAAUGACUAUAAA